UGAGUCCACAAGCAACCCAUCUGAUCAUCUCCCUCCUCUCCUCUCCACGCAAAGGAUCAGCAACGCAACCAAGAUCAGCAUCCAAACGCCGUUUGCUCUAGGCAAUUAGCAAUCCACCGAAUAUAACAUAACAGAAUAGCAAAGCCAGCACCCACCGCCGGGCCAACGUGCAAAGCAUCGUCCGGCCAUGGGAUUCCUCCAGAAGACCUCCAAGCAGACGGCGAAGCUCAAGUCCCUCCUCGGGCUCGCCGUCUCCCGCAUCGCCGUCGCCCGCCGGCCGCGCCUUGCUCGCAAGUCCAUCGCCUGCAGCGAUGUCAGCCAGCUCCUCGUCCUCGGCCACCUCGACCGCGCCCUCCACCGCGCGGAGCAGGUUAUCCAGGAGGACAACAUGCUGGAGGCGUUCGGCAUCAUAGAGCUCUACUGCAAGCGCCUCAUCGAGCAGGCUGAGCAGUUAGACAAGCCACAGGAGUGCGGCGAGGAGCUGAGGGAAGCGGCGGCCAGCAUCAUGUUCGCCGCCGGGUGGUGCGGCGACCUGCAGGAGCUGCUGUUUGCCCGUACCAUCCUCGCAGACAAGUUCGGCGGCGACUUUGCUGUCGCGGCCAAGGAGGGCACCGGCAUCGUCGACCCCAUCUUGGUAUGGAAGCUGUCCGGAAGCACAGCAGGCAUGGAGCUGAAGAAGAAAGUGACCAAAGAGAUCGCCACGGAGAACAACAUCUUGGUGGACUUCUCCGAGCUCCCGGAAGCAACGGAGGAUGGCAACGAUAUUUUGGUGGACUUCUUUGAGCUCCAAGAAGCAACCAAGGAAGGCAACAAUAAUGUUCCAGACAGUCAGGAGCUCCUCGGCGAAAUGCCAUGCCAGGACGACAUGGAUGAAAGUUCAGAGUCGGACAAUGACCAUCCUCGCUCACAUGGAACAAAUACACCCGGGCUGGAGAGUGACGAGAAUGUGCAUAUCGUUACCAACUCUGAUGGAUCAGAUGAUGAGGAGGUUACAGGCCGGCGUAACCGAAGGUGGUGGCGCCUUGGGUGUGCAUGAGAACUGAAAUGACGACCUUCCUCUGCAUCUGGCUAGAAAUGUAACGAUAUGGGCAGCAGGGCAAUGCCAUUUGUACAUGUGCACCCACCAAAUUGUGAAUAGACAUGAAUACACACACGUGUAAUUUCAAACUAUCAACUACAAUAUGUAGAUAUCCAACUAGUCCAGUCAACUGGAGUAUCAUCUAUAAGAAAUGUCAAUUCUCAUGGACCAACCCCUAGUGGCCAAUGCUACAAUGUAACCACAUUGCUUAACAGUCAUUGACCUCAUGGUCACCUAUCUGCUGCUUGGCCACCGCCGUUCAUCACCUUGAUUUGAUGAUGUUGCUUUAUAGUAACCACCAUACCAACAUAUCUUUAAUGUCAUGUUGUUCAAGUAUUUUUGUAACAUAUGUUGUGUCAUGUUGUUCAAGUAUUUUUGUAACAUUAUAUUUUCUUAGACAAUUUUGUAAACAUUAUGUGGGCCAGGUAUAAUUGCUAGCAAACCAACAAAUAUAUUUACUCGACGAGAUCAGUACAAAAACCAAAGAUGGUCAAACUUGGCCCAACAUUGGUAAAAAAAAACUUGGCCCAACAAAAAUGCACAGGGGCGAAGAUAUAGAAGGGGAAAGAAGCCAGUGAAGGUGCGCUGCAAAGAUCAUGGCAAGAAAAAGCCCUGCAAGGCCCGCAUUUGGAUUUUCUUGUGGGUGAUUUUGAAUUUUCUUGCUACAAAAGAGCUGAUCAGUUACCAGCGUGAAUACUGAUAUUUGGUCAGUUCGGUAGCUGAUGUGCAUACACAAUUUGUCGGCAUACGCAAUUGUAUACAACAACAGGGCAACAUACGAUAGAUUGAUAUUCAUACCACUAUUCACAGAAGUAUAGAACCUUUUAUUAAACUAAAAAAAGAGCAAACUAUCUGUGGAAUGACAUUUGUGGAAAACACAAUGGUGACGAUAACCGUAGGAAACUAAUAUUUCCAAGCUCUCACUGCAGUCUAAGGCCUCAAGUCAAAUCCCUUUGAUGCAAAUACAAUUUUAAGUCUUUUGAGUAUUGGAUGAAGAUGCCUGUCAAGAAGUUGAUUAUUCCAUGACUCGUUUGAUUUUUGGGCCAAAAGGAAACCAGUUUAGCAAAGUUUUAACAGGGCUAAAAUAGUGCGAAAAGGCAUAAUCCUGACCUUUUCAUCAAACCCUAGAUGGUUCUUUAGAAAAUGAUGAUGUCUUUGAAAUCAAAUAUACAACUGCACGCCCUUCAACAGCAAGUACAGAUCCCAUAUAUAACACAUUCUGUAAUAUUUAUAUUUUAGAGUUCUAUAGCUUAUAUCAGAUAUAAUGGUAUUAUUUACAACUCUGAAGUAAUGCAAUCACAAUAAGCACAUAGUUUGGCAUUAUGCUGACCUUAAUCGUCAGUUUUAUUUUAUUUACUUGAGAUGUAACAUAAAGAUUACCAGAAAGAGUAUCACAUUCCAGAGUGCAGCACAGGAAUGAGCCAAACAUGCCCUAAUUAACGCAUCUGGGAUAAAUUGUGCUAAAAUAGGAAAGUACUGAUAUUCUGAAAACUGCCCAGCUGAACAUAAGUUGUUCUUGCCUAGGCCAAAUCCGGUGUGGUAGGUGUACCAUAUGGAUGCCUUUCUGUUUGUUUACCAGCAUGCGGCAUUUCGACAAUUAUUGGCCUUGGGGCAGUAGUAGUAGUAGUUGUAAGCAUUGCGGUCAUUUCACCAAACUAAUGUAGGAUGUAAAUAUAUGUUCUAUACUUGCAAUGCCGUAUUGUCUCCUCAGUGCUCAUGCAUAUUGCUACUACUCAAGUUUCCUGUAUCAGACACCUUUUUCCUGUUUAAAGGUAAUGAUUCCAGCAAAGAUGAGCCAGAUGAACUGGUUCCUCCAGCUGUUGAUGGUUUGUGCAGAGUACAUAAAAGAAUAACAGAUGGUUUAGACACUGAAACCACUAACCUCAGCAAGGUGCUGGUCCUGCAGGGCCAACACAGCUACUUAUGCCAGCUUCCCAAGCCGGCAUCCUGACCGGCAAGCAAGAAGCAACCAUUAAAUCAAUACAGAAUGCUUCAAUGUGUGCUCUCCGCAUUCUUAGUAAGAUUCAUAUUUAGUCUCAGUGUGGCAAUGCUUCACCAUAUUGUGACAGUAUUGAGAAGGCCUCUGCUUUCGAUACUAAAUUUUAUAGUACCUUGCUUGCAGUGGCGAUUCCACUAGGGAGGUUUCAAUAGGCUUAAGCCUACCCUCCAGAAUCCUAUUUAAGCUAAACAUACCACUUGACAAAUAUAUUCUGGUGCUUUACAUGCAACAAUUGCAAUGCAUUCGCUAAUUAGACUUAGGAAAUCUAUGUUUUAAGCCUACCCUCCAAUGUCCUGCUAGAUUCGCCACUGCUUGCUUGUCAUCAGCUAGCCAAGAAUAGAUCCAUGAUUUUUCUUUUGUAGUUUUAUUACUGGCUAUUUGCCAUAUGCAGUCUGUGUUAUUGAACUAGUAAGUAAUAAGUUGUAUACAUUAUGACUCGUGUCUUGCAUUGGUAUCCUUUUCUUGUACGGAUCAGGGCAUUCUGGUAAACACUACUCGGUGCAUAGCCAGUCAAUUUCAUUUCUCACAACAACUUAUGUCGAGCAAAACCUGAUCUGGUUUUGGCUUUGUAACCGAGGAUGCAUGAUUUUAACAUUUCAUCAAACAGUUGAUGGGUAACACGAUUGACUUCAAUACACCCUUAAUAAUUCUUCCACACAUUUGAUCAUGGUCAGCACGACAAGUAUGGAGUAGCGCACAAAUGCUAGUGGGAUGUAGUAAUAGCCAAAGCUAGCGCCGCUGCAAGAACACCAAGGCAAGGCUAUACGAUAAUUCUAAAGCCACAAUCAGGUAGUUCUACAUGUGCAAUUGGCAUGUGAAACACAAAGUAUCAUGAUCAUUAAUUUGCGAACUUAUUGAACAAUAGCAACCACCGUAUCAUGGCAAUUAUCCAGCAAACAUAGUAACGGCAGAAUUUCUAUCAGCGUCAGAUCGCC